UGCUUUCUCAUAAAACCAACAAGACCCACAAAAUACUCCAGUUCAAAAAUUUAAACUUGCAGACGCUAAAGUCAUGUGAAUCAAAUAAGAGUUGCUCAAGGGUGCUUCAAUUCUUUAUUUCGGCCUAAUUACUUCACUCGGAAAAGAGAAUCGUUCAAACUGUGAUCACAAAUAACAUCCUUGACAGUGACAGUGUAUACGGCCAUGUUGCAAACGGAUUAAACAGCUGACCGUGAGAAAGAUAACUGGAAGGAUUUUUUCGUCUAUUCAUGAGAGAUUUCAAUGUUUUUAAAAAAUACAUUUCAAUACUGUCAUCAGGAACAUAGAAUUAUUAAAGUCAGUAAGACUCCCUGUGAUUAUUUCAAAGAAAAUGCUGCCACGUACUCCGUAUUCAGAGACGGACCUGCAUUAUCGAUCCGAGGGGUCGAAAAACGCCGGCGUAUUAUUUAAGAAAUAAGAAAUAUUAAAACUUCGCUUCUUCGCGGCUGCUCAAGGCGAGCCAGUGCGUAAUUUCUAUGAUGUGAGCUGACUCACAUCUCGCACGUAGUAAGUUAAGUAUCGCCUCUCACCGUACCUCCGCACAGGUUCCACGCAUGUGUGUUAAUGCGCGGGUUGUGAGGUCAUACACCCACCUUCACAGGUGGUUCGUUUUUCAUUCAAACCGUGCAGAACGUUGUAAGUCGAACACGCAACGAACGUCUUAACAAUAUCCGGUCGGUUCUAGUAAAGUUUCUUUUUACACAAUGAUCAUGAGGACGUUGUUCGCGGUUCAUCCUGUGUCACUGGUGCUUGUAUUUACGGUCACUGCCAUUGGCGGCAAUUACACAGAUAUCAAUCUACCGCACGAGCAUGUCAAGUAUUAUUUCAACUCUUUUCCCACGGUAGCAGAAAAAUGCCGCAAUGAUGCGACGUGUCCAUAUACGGAUAGUCUCGAUACUAAAGCCUGUUGGGGCUACGAGGAAGAUUGCAAAGCAGAAAAUUCUUUUUCCAUUCCGCAUUGCCCAGGCGACCAUAAGGGCUGGGUCGCCACAAAGAGAGCUCAGUUAGAUACAUAUUACGCACAAGGCGAUUUCGGAUACGUGCGCGAUCAAAGGAAGGAGAUGAUGCUUUUAUGUGAACCAUUAUUUGUGGAUGAUUCAUCCUUGGAGUGUUCAGAACAUAUGCGGUUCUGCAGAGCGAGAAACGUGAUGCUAAAUUUCACAGAUUUGCUGAAUCGAAAGGAACCCAUACGAUACAAAAUGGAUGUACUAAAAGAAGGUGAAAUUGGUGGCUACUGCACGCUGAACGAAAAAAGAUUACAAGAAAACGCAGAUCACAUUAGUCCAUUACAGUCUUGGGGACCAGAAUUACGAAACUUUCGAAAAUUACAUCACCGGCCGAUUGUCCACGGCGACUGUGAUAUCGUCAUUGAGAAACCGACUUUUAUCAUGAAGAUAGAUGCCAUAGUAAAUAUGUAUCAUCACUUUUGCGACUUUUUCAACUUGUACGCAUCAUUGCACGUGAAUCUCUCGCACCCAUCUGCCUUCGAUGUAGAUAAUCAUAUACUCAUCUGGGAAAGUUAUAGCUAUCGAUCGGCGUUCCAAGAUACCUUCGAAGCAUUCACGAGAAAUCCAUUGUGGGAUUUAAAAACAUUUCGAGGCGAAACAGUGUGCUUCAGGAACUUGGUGUUUCCUUUACUGCCGCGAAUGAUCUUCGGCUUAUUCUACAAUACACCACUAAUUUAUGGCUGUGAAAAAUCCGGAUUGUUCAAAGCUUUUGGUGAUCAUGUGUUGCAUCGACUUCAAAUACCUGUUCAUCAAAGGAAAGAUCGGAAAAUUCGUGUGACAUUGCUGAGUAGAGAUACGCAGUACAGAAAGAUUUUAAACGAAAAUGAACUGGUAAACGCUUUGAAGGAGAACCCGGAGUAUAAAGUUAGGAAGGUGGUGUAUAAUAAAAAUGUAUCAUUCAAAAAGCAGUUAGAAAUUACUAGGAAUUCUGAUAUUUUUAUCGGUAUUCAUGGCGCUGGCUUAACGCAUUUAAUGUUUUUGCCUGAUUGGGCAGCAGUGUUCGAAAUAUACAAUUGCGAAGAUCCGAAUUGCUACAAAGAUCUUGCACGGUUGAGGGGUGUAAAAUAUUUCACAUGGAAAGAUACGUCAAAAUUAGUGCAACAAGACCCGGGAACACAUCCUGAUGGCGGAGCUCACGCCAAGUUUACAAACUACAGCUUCGACGUUAAAGAAUUUCUCAGAAUUGUUUCGCUUGCAAGAAAUCACGUGAAGCACCACAAUGCAUUUAGGAAGUUUAACAAUUCUCAUGGCAAAAUACAAAAUGACACUAAGACGACGGAUAAUGAAGAUUUAGUACAACCUUCCAAUGCUAAAGAACCGAUACGAUUACAAAAAUCUGAUAUAUUAUCCAAAGAUGAAUUAUGAACAGGACUCUUAGGCACUAAAUUAAGACGAUAAGGUAUGGUAACAGAACGUGAUCUAAAAUGCAUUUGUUGAUCGAAUUUCUUAUAUACUUAGUACUAGUUUUAUACUAAUGUACAUACUUUAUUUUGAUAAAUAAAAUUAAUGCGCGAUA